AUGGGCAGCCAGGGCGGCAGGAUGCGGGAACACGGGAAGCAGGAUAUGGGCAGGCAGGGCUGCAGGAUGGGGGAUACGGAGAGGGAUACCCGGCUGCGGGGGGCCAAGAUAAGGGAGCGAGGAUGGGGGGGCACAGGACGCAGUGUUUGGCACCGGGGAUGCAGCCUGUGGGAUGUGGGAAAGACACCCCCGGGCCAGGACCCAAGUGCCCCGUGCCCGGGCGUCCCCGCCGCGAAGCCGAGCGGUUUCACAGAGCUUCGUUUUGCCCUCGCAGGCCAGUCGUGGAAAGCGCUGAGCGCCAGCGACAAGCGGCCCUUCGUGGAAGAGGCGGAGAGGCUGCGCAUCCAGCACCUCCAGGAUCACCCCAACUACAAGUACCGCCCAAGGAGAAAGAAGCAAGCCAAGAAAAUCAAGAGGAUGGAACCCAAUAUCCUCCUCCAUAACCUUUCCCAGCCUUGCAGCGACAACUUCAGCAUGAGUCACCACGGCGGCAGCCAGCCGGGCCACCCCCAGCCUCCCCCACUUAACCACUUCAGAGAACUCCACUCCAUGGGGUCGGAUAUUGAAAACUAUGGCUUGCCAACUCCCGAGAUGUCGCCCUUGGAUGUCUUGGAACAGACCGAGCCGGCGUUUUUCCCUCCGCACAUGCAGGAUGACUGCAACAUGAUGCCCUUUCGCGGCUACCACCACCACCACCAGCUGGAGUUUCCGCAGGAGAAGUGCCUGGGGCGGGACGUGCCGGUGCCCUACGCGCAGACCCCCUCGCACUUGGCCGAUGCCAUGAGGACUCCGCACCCGUCCAGCAUUUACUACAACCAGAUGUGCCCGGGGGCGCAGGGCGGCCUCUCGGCCCACCUGGGCCAGCUCUCGCCGCCUCCCGAGGGCCACCACCUGGAGAGCGUGGACCACUUGAACCAAAGCGAGCUCUGGACAGACGUCGACCGCAACGAGUUUGACCAGUAUUUGAACAUGAGCAGGACUCGGCCGGAGAGCUCGGCGCUCCCUUACCAUGUGUCCCUGUCCAAAGUGACUCCUAGGAGCAUCUCCUGCGAGGAGAGCAGCUUGAUAUCCGCCCUGUCCGAUGCCAGCAGCGCUGUGUACUACAGCCCCUGCAUCACCGGCUAGCUCCGCCGCGCUGCCGAGCGGCCGGAGCCGCCCGCCCUUAACCAAGAGCUCCAUAAUAUUUAGAGUAUCUCAUUAAAUGCAUCGCUU